AUGUUCGAGGUUGAAGUUCGGCGCACAGGGUAUACCUCUCCAAGAAAGCUAGGGCUUAAGAGACAUCGAGGGCCUACGGAGAUCAAACUCCCUCGCAACGCCAAAACGCCAAAGGAGAUAGUUGACAUCCUGAUUUCUGCAGGCUUGAACUCUAACAUACUCUGGAUAGAAUAUUCCAGAGGCUGCUUUGACCGACAUUGCAUGGAGCUUCUCAUCAAACAAGCUGGGAUGUCGCCCGAAUCAAUCCUUCCGCUUCCCGAUAGAUGUGGGACGGUUCUGCAAGAUUUAAUGCUUUGCCUACCGGGCCUGGCCUCGUACAAACUCGGUCGCAUUGCUCCGUUGAUGAAUACAGAGAAUCCAAAUUUGCAGCGACUGCAUUUCUCAGAUGCGGAUGCUGCGGUUCUCUCCGAUGUUCUUAACCUCUGGGUCUUCAAGUAUGGGGGAUCUGAAACGGUCUAA